UGCAACAAUUCUCUCUCGUUUUUAUAAUUAAAAUUAUUUUGGGUUUAUCGGAAGGUUUAAAGGCCGGGAUGAAGCUGGCGGUGGAAAACUUGACCGGUUCUCUGUUCCACAUUCAGGUCAAAGACGACGCCACCGUGUCUGAUCUUAAGGCCGAGAUCAGUGCCCACCACAACAACGACCUCCCUUCUGACCGUCUGAUCUUCAUCGCCGACGACAACCCUGGCCGACCGAUCAGUAAGGACGAUGAUGGAUUCUCGCUCGUUGAUUGUGGCGUCAAAGAUGGGUCCCACAUUUAUAUCUUUUUCCAUCCGCUUGAUCAUGAAGAUGAUCGUGAUCAUGGCGGUGAUGAUCCUGAUCAGGAUCAUCACUCUCGCCUCUUCUUCUUUACGUGUCACAAUAUUCUUCUCUUCGACUGGAACCAUAGAUAAUCGUCGUCCGGAAGAACUUUUCCGGCCAAAAGCAGUUCCCUCACGUCGCCGACGGUGG